AUGCGGGACAUCAGCGGCCAAAGAUGGAUUUUGACAAAGACGAUGGCCAUGGACGCAGGUUGUUGCAAAGUCACGGGAGUGGGAUCGUAUGGCGACGCGCACCUCUUGGAGGAACCCGUGGAGUACGGAUUUGGCUGUCGGGUGUCUGCGAGAAGAGAUCUUCCGCCUGGUGGCUCCCCCCCCCUGAGCAUCCAUUUCACCUCGGCCGCCCUCCAUCCUCUCAACGACGACGGUGGCUUUGCACAGGUCUGGUAUACAAGUUCCAUCCACCACACAACGAUUGUUGCUGUUGCUGUUGCUGUUCUUGUUGUGGCUGCAGCCCGCAUUGUGCACCAAGUCUGUGAUCCCUGGCCGGCGGCAGCACCCGUCUCGCCGCAGACCUCCGCCUCCCUGCACCUCCUUCCAAGGUCCCUAACCCAUCUUACGAAUCUACCCAAACCCAAACCCCAAUCCUCCCACCCGAUCCGACUCUGUAUCGCUGGAAAGGAGUCACGCUGUUUCACGGGCAUGGCCGACUACUCGUACCAAUCAUUGGCCAACUCGCUGAGCACACCGCUGGCCAACAUGAGCCCGCAAGGGCGGUGGCGGCGCGUUCUGCUGAUUACCCUGGUGUCCGUUAUUUUCGCAGUCUUCUACUUCAGUCUUCCCUCUGCAUACAUGCCCACCAGCCUCGCCGCCUUAAAAUAUCCAACUGCACAAUAUGCAUCGCCCUCGAAUGGCGACACAUCCAUGGAGGAUUCCAUGUCUACCAUACUCAAAGCCCUCUACGGGCCCAUACUACAUCCCGUCGAUGCGGCCAACUUUACGGCCGAGGAGGGCGACGUCUACCGCCUGCACGGCGAGCCAAAGUUCACGAAGAAGCUGGGCAAGAGGGUACUCAUACUGGACAUUGACAGCCGGCCGUUGACGGCCCCGGGCCAGCUCAUGGACAAGAAGUUGAAGUGGAAGUCAAUGCGGCCCCUAUCUGCUGGCAUGCUCAGCCAUUACAUGUUCGCAAAGAUCCACGGCUACGACUACAAGUUCAUCCGCGCCCCCGACUACGCCGACCGCUGGGGCACGUGGGUCAAGGUGCCGAUGAUGAAAGAAGCCCUCAAAACCCACGAUUACAUUGUCUUCAUGGACUCGGACGUCAUGUUCCACUACCCGCACCUCCCCCUCGAGUGGCUGCUCAAUUACUGGAACAUGACCGACGACACCCUCGCCAUGAUGGCCAUUGACCCCAACGAGCCCCAAAACUACGACGACAAGGGCAACCGUUUCCUCAACACGGGCUUUGUCAUUGCGCGUCAGAGCAAGCGAACGCAAGACAUGUACAGAGCUUGGGCCGAGUGUCCCUCGGAGAAGAAGUACCCCGGCUGCGCCCGCUGGAAACUCGACUGGGCGCAUGAACAAGCCGCGUUUGGAAACUACCUGCGCUACGACUUCGACCGCCCAGACGACAUCCGCGUUCUGCCCUGCGUUGAAGCCAACGGCGCCCCGGAGGCCGUCAAUCGCGGCGGCUGCAAAGGUGUCUUUGUCCGCCACUACUGGGUCGACAAGGGCCUCGUCGCAAAGGAUCUUGCAGACAGCGUCAUGCAGUAUUUCCUGCCCAGACUCCACCAACUCUACCUCAAUACCGCGAGCGAGCACAUUGUCGACGCCAAGGGCUUUCGUCUGGAUGGCGCGGAUCUCGUAGAGUUGACCGAGGAGGAGAAGGCCAAUGCCAAGGCGCAGGCUGAGGCGGGUAAGAAUCAAAAAGAUGAGGGGUACUAG